AUGGAAGAAGAACCAGAAACCCCAAAAAUUCAAAAAAUCUCUGUUUAUACCCCAAUAGCUUACGUAGCUAUAAUUUUGACUGUCUUCAUUGUGUUUGUUAAGAUAUAUCAAAAACAGCAAUUGAAAAAAAAAUUGGCUAGAGAAUCAUUGUUUGAUCAUAGUUUUGGCAAAGAUGCUUAUUACAAGUUAGCUUCUUUAGAUGAUCCCAAACCUCAUGAUAAACUACUUAAAGCUGCUUUUUUGAGAAAGGGUUCGGAAAUAAUAAGGAAAACAAUCAAAUUAAAAGAGUACGAGCCAUUGAUUUUGAAAUUGUAUGUGAAUGGAUCUAUAAAUGAAGAGUUUUACAACAACUACAAAGACGAAAUUAGAGUUCAAGAAUCUGAAUUGAAUUCAAUGGUUAACGAAGUUGAAAGUUUUAAGAAAGGUUGGACUCCAAAAUGUUUUCCAUUAUUACAAGAAAUUACUUUUAAUGAGGCUAUCUCUAAAAGAAUCGAUUCAAUGGAUGCUAGAAGAAAUGAUUUCUUGGAAAUUGUAAAUCCAACAAUCGGUAAUGGUGAAUCUACUAAUAAUGAUAACCAAGCCAAAGGUAAAAAAAAUAAAAAGAAAUAA